AGAUCAGACUAAAAUUCAAACGCGCCCCUCUCUCUUCGAAGCUUUCUGGAGAUGAAAGUCGCGUUGUGCUCGUUCAGUCGAGAGUGUUUCGGAAAAUUGUACACCCGAGGAUCGAGUCGAUCCGGGAUCUCUGCGAGCGAUGUAACGGUGGUCAGUCUUGGAACUCUGAAAUUAAGACACUUUUGAUUCUAUGAGCACUCUUUUCGUAUUUACAAUCUGUAGCAUUUAGCCGCAGAACUAAUUCAAGCUCGACCGAAGCAGGUAUGACGAAACCAUCGCAUUCGUCCCCAGCAUCCAAAGCACCACUCGUCAACUAGUCUCUAGGAAGAGAAACUCGGAAGCUAUUGAUAAGCGGAACACUCGUCCUACGCGGUUGGUAUCGCGGUAAUAUUUCAAUCUACCCAUCAACAUAUUUCAUCAUGCGCCAGGAGACCCUCCUCUCUUCACCCGUCGCGUGAAUUCUUCGUUUGAGAGUCUGGUUCUCAUGUAACGACCGACAGCUUCGAUACGCAAAACCGCCACGUGAUCGCCGAACGUGAUCUCCCAUUCCGCAUCUGGGAUUCGACGAGAUUUUAAUUCCUUUCGAGACUUUCACCUCCGUCGAACGGACAGAUCAUGGCGAUGGAUAAGACGAACGCCACGGGACAGUUCGCAGAAGUGCCGAUCGAGAGGAUCGAAUACAAGCCCUCCGAACGAUGGAGAAUCUGGAGGAAUAUUUUAGUGAUCGGUGCCGCAUUUAUGGUGAAUUUCACGGCGUUCAUGGGGGCCACCAACCUCCAGAGCUCCAUCAACGCGGACCAAUCUUUAGGCACCUUCACGCUUGCGUCUAUUUACGGGAGUCUGAUAUUUAGCAAUAUCUUUCUACCGACCUUGAUUAUCAGCUUGCUGGGAUGCAAAUGGACGAUAUCACUCUGUAUCCUGACGUACGUGCCCUUCAUGGCCGCCCAGUUUUACCCGAAAUUUUACACCAUGAUACCAGCUGGAUUGCUGUUGGGAAUCGGUGCUGGACCACUAUGGUGCGCCAAGUGCACUUACCUGACCGUCGCCGCCGAGGCGUUCUCCACCCUCUCGGACGUGGCCGCUGACGUCCUCGUCACGAGAUUCUUCGGUGUGUUCUUCAUGUUCUACCAGAUGGCGCAGGUCUGGGGAAAUCUCAUAUCUUCGGCAGUUCUCUCGUACGCGGUGGACGAGGUGCCAGCGAACGUCACGGUACUAAAUAGCAGCGUCGUGGCGGAAGCGUGCGGGGCCAAUUUCUGCGGCGCCACUUCCGGUAGCGCUGAAUCCCCAGCAAUAGAACGACCGCCGGAGGAAAGGAUUCAUCUGAUUUCAAGCAUUUAUCUGGUCUGCAUGAUUGUCGCCUCCUUAAUUGUCGCGUUCGGGGUUGAUUCUCUCUCGAGGUACAAUAGAGGGAGAUCAGGUUCUGGAACAGGAUUGUCUGGGAUCAAGUUACUGGCCGUGACAUUGAAUCUGUUGAAGGAAAAGAGUCAGCUCCUCAUCUUGCCUAUAAUAAUUUUUAUCGGAGCUGAGCAAGCGUUUCUGUUCGCCGAUUACAAUGCCUCCUUCGUGUCCUGCGCAUGGGGAAUCAGCAACAUUGGCUACGUGAUGAUCUGUUUUGGGAUCACAAACGCCGUAGCUGCAUUAGGCGCUGGGUCUCUAAUGAAACUGACGGGACGAAAGCCUCUAAUGAUUUUCGCUUUCUGUCUUCACAUGGGGAUUUUAGUGUUCCUGUUGCAGUGGAAACCGACUCCUAAUCAGACCGCCACGUUCUUCCUGAUGUCUGGUUUAUGGGGGAUCUGCGACUCCAUGUGGCUGGUGCAAGUCAAUGCCCUGUCUGGGAUACUAUUCCCAGGCAAAGAGGAAGCAGCCUUCUCGAACUUCCGUUUGUGGGAGUCAACUGGCUCGGUGAUCACCUACGCCUACAGUCCCUACCUCUGCACCCACAUGAAGAUCUACGUCCUCAUGGGAAUCCUCUGUCUCGGAAUGGUGGGCUACGGUCUCAUCGAGUGGUCCGGGAAGACGGACAGAGCCGUGCCAGCAUCCAAGCCCGAUUUCGAGUUGGUCACGAACAGCGAUCCGAAUGACACUACGAAACUUUGAAGCUAUGCAAACAUAACCUCCUCCUAGACGUUAGGACAUCGAGCACUCCAGCGAAAUAAUUGUACGAUAUUGCAGUACUUACCGUUUCGUACAAAUCCAACACAAUUGAGAUGUAAAUAUGGAGAUGUAAAUAUAUCUCUCCCUUUGGCCUGAUAAGAAAGUUUCGAAGACGUAGGCGUGCUUUCGCUGCAAAUCGCCAGGGCUUCCGUUCAAAGAGAUACUGAUGAAUAAUUUCAGAAAGUUCGGACGCAUAAUCGUGUAAAUAAUAUAUAAUUCCGUUAUACAUAGAAAUCAUACAUAAAUGAGCGACGUACAUAGUGUAUUAUGUACAGAGUCGGUGGAAUGCGCAGUCAGGGCCUGAAGGUAUGCAAUCUUUGUGUGAUUUGUACCACAAUAUAUGUUUUUAUUUUAUUCUUGUGGACACCUACUAGAUUUUACACAGGUAUUUUUUUCGCUUAACCGCUAAGGAUUCUCGUCUCCGUUCACUUUUAAAUACGUAGUUUAAUGUUACAUCGUGUGUCUAGGUGCUAACAUUCAAGCUAAAGCUACGGCUGCUUAAUUUAAUUGUAUACUUAAUGUGUUUAAUUGCAUUCAACUGUUCCGAGUGUGUAAAUGUAACUGUGUGUAUGCCAACGUAUGCGUGUGUUACGUUGAACACGUGUCACUGUCGCAACGUAUAUGUUUGCGUGUGUUCUGUAUGUAUCGUAUGCUCGUCGUUUAAUGCGCUGUCACGAUCAAUUGUCUCCCGUCUUUAGGAUCGAAAAGGCGUUAGGCGAAUUCACCGACCGUUUUACGCCCGUUUGUUUCCUAUUCUCGUUUCAUCCACGAUCGAUCCUCUCACGCUGGAUCUACGCCCGCAUGAAUAAAUCGCGACGUGGAAUCAAUUGACCCUGCAUCUUGUCAUUCGCACGUGGUCAAGACUCGCCUGAUUGUAUUUGUGAAUCGUGUUGGCUAGCUUAACCAUCGUUUAUGUACAAUUCAAGUUCUGCAGUUCAGUUAUAUACUUUAUAAAACGUAGUAGGAACUUUGGUUUCGCUGGGCAAUGUUUCAGAAGCAGUUUCCUCUUGUUUCGCUUGCAAACGAAAAAAAUUCCGUCUUCCCGUGGUUCGUCGUCGUCGUUUUUUUUUUCUUCUUCUUUUUCUCUACUUUUCCUUUUUUUCUAUUUCGUGUGUCCGUCGUGUAUUUUGUUUCCGUUCCGUGUUUUCUUUUCCUCCUGGUAACGUUAUUUUUCACCGCGUACUUUUGGACAGCCUGAACAAGUGAUUCGGCCGGAAACUGUUAUAAAACAUUCGCCCGUGGAUCUAUCUUCCUUAGAAAUAUGACACUCACGAAUACAAUUCACGAUUUUUUUUUUUGUGUGUAAUACUCAUGUUUAUAUUUCCGUAAUGAUCUAUUUGAAUAUCAAUUUCACGAAGAAAAUACACAAGAUUCGUAAACUUU